CCUGGAAAAAAGAAACGUUAGAAAGAGCCCCAAAUCUUCAGGAUAUAAUACUGCUGCGAUCACAGAUUUGAUUUUUGUCACAUGGGCCGCAGGCUAACUCUUACUGGUUAGAGAUGUAAAGGAAGUGAAUAUCCUGUCUUGAAAAAUACUAUAUAACAACACCUAGUCUAGAUAGCAUGUACAAAACAGAAACAAGCUUGCAAAUAUCUUCAUCUUGUGGUUAUCUGAAUAUAUUAAACCAACAUCAUGCAGCUCCGCUGGAAACUCGCUCUGAUGAUGAUGAUGAUUCUUGCGUGUGUUACUGCACAGCAAUCCAACUAUCGUCGUCCCACUCGUGUCGGAGUGAACUGCUGUAGGGACGUGUCGAAAGGAAGAAUCCCUUUCUCGGUUAAACUGAUCGGAUACAAGCGUCAGAAUGCUCUGAGUCCGUGUGUGGACGCUAUAAUAUUCUACACAGAGAAGGAAAAGUUCUGCUCUGAUCCAAAAGCGGCCUGGAUCGAAAACCGUACGAAAGGUCUGAAAGAGAUUGUGGACUGAGCCAAUGGAGGCCAAGAGGAUGCUGCAAAUAUAUCUACAUAUUAAUAAAUCUAUCUGUUGAAAAGAUAUAUCAUAAUAUAUAUCACGCAUGAUUAUUUAAGCAA